ACCGCGUGACAGCGAUCAGCUGUUCCGCGUUGCAAACAAUCCGCCUGUCAAAUAAAACGGAGUUCAUUGACAAAAUAAUCGUUGCAGUAUCCUCGGAAAAUCGUACGAUUCCGCACAUUCCUGGCCGAAAAACCGCCUCAACACGCAAGGUCAGUACUAUCCCAGCGUCGGAUUGGAGCGCAUCUAUACUCCUGAAAGGAGUGUUUCAAUUUGAAUCCGCGAUGCGAAGGAUGUGAUCCUCCGCCGCGCCGCAUCAAGAGAUUCAAAACGUCAAAAUAUGGCCGACACCGUCCGAACUUCUCGCAAUACUAACAACAAUAUGAAGGUAUCCGCCGGUCCUCGAGUUGUUACCAUCAAGAAAACGGAUACAGGGUUCGGGUUUAAUGUCCGGGGCCAAGUUAGCGAGGGGGGCCAGCUCAGGAGCAUCAACGGUGAGCUAUACGCCCCCUUGCAGCACGUAAGCGCUGUGCUGGAUCACGGGGCUGCCGAACAGGCCGGUAUAAGGAAAGGAGACAGGAUUUUAGAGGUUAAUGGAGUGAAUGUAGAAGGAGCUACACACAAGCAAGUAGUAGAUCUCAUAAAAUCAGGAGGAGACGUCUUAAAGCUCACUGUCAUUUCUGUCACUCAACAGGAGGCUGAACGCCUAGAACCUUCGGAAGACAGUCAGGUGUAUUAUGAUUAUAGUGAAAAGCGUUCACUACCCAUAAGCAUUCCAGACUAUCACUACAAUGAACGAGGCGGUGAACGAUAUGUUUCUUUUAAUAUUUACAUGGCGGGGAGACACUUGUGCUCCAGAAGGUACAGGGAGUUCGCCAAGCUGCACAACGAUCUCAAAAAGGAGUUUAUUGGCUACAACUUUCCUAAACUACCGGGAAAAUGGCCAUUCACGCUCAGCGAGCAACAAUUGGACACCAGAAGGCGUGGUUUAGAGCAGUACCUUGAAAGAGUCUGCGCAGUGCGUGUUAUAGCAGAAUCAGACAUAAUGCAGGAAUUCCUGACUGAUCAGGAUGACGAAAACAAUAGCAGUCCGGUAGAUCUGAAGGUUUUGCUUCCUGAUCGAGAAGUCGUCACAGUAACAUUAAAAAGGAGCGCCAACGCGGACGAAGUGUAUGAAGCCAUCAUCAAGAAGAUCGGUAUGAGCAGGAAGAUCUCCAAGUAUUUUUACCUCUUCGAAAUCGUGGAAUACAAUUUCGAAAGGAAACUCCAACCGUCGGAAUACCCACAUAACCUCUACAUCCAGAACUACAGCACAGCCACCAGCACAUGUCUGUCCAUAAGGAAAUGGCUGUUCUCCAUUCAGAAAGAGCUCAGCCUGAUGUCGGACUCCCAGGCCACGUCAUACGUUUUCUGGCAGGCUGUGGAUGACGUCAACAGAGGGUACAUCAACGCCGGCGAGAGGCUGUACCAAUUGAAAGCGCUACAGGACAACACUAGGGCUGUGGAGUACUUGAAACUAGCUAGGGAGUUGCCUGGGUAUGGGGAGGUAGUGUUUCCUCAUUGCGCAUGCGAUUCUAGGAAGGAGGGGCACGUUGUGUUGUCUAUAGGUACCAGCGGUAUAAAAUUGCACGCGUGUCAAGAAGACGGUACGCUAGAAAGUCAGGUGGUAGUACUGGAAUGGGACACGAUAAGACAGUGGGAAGUAGAUGAAGAGGGUAUGGCGUUCUGUUUGAAAUAUAACAGACAGGACAAGACACCUCGAUGGCUCAAGAUUCACACAUCUUAUAAGUUUUAUUUGGUGGACUGUUUCGAACGGAUCAUAGAAGAGGGGAAAUGGUUGGACGCGGGCGACUGACUGAGCACUAUGAGCACUAGCUGAACACUUAAAUAUCAAUAAUAAUAAGCGUUAAGUCCUCCUACUAUUUCAUCCACCAAUAGAACAUAGAUAUUUUUUCCCUUGUAUUGUUCUGCUGGCGGAAUCUGAUUGGUUUAAAAGACAGUUUUUUUCAAAAUGGAGGAGUAUAUGAGAGACUAUAAAUAUAUAUCAAAAAAGUUUAGUCAAUUUUUGAACACUUUCGUAGGAAAUAUAAGAGUUUUAGGGGUUAUGUCAUGUAUCAAGAGAUUUUUAAAUUAAUGUUUGUUAUUUUUACAUUAGAGAAGUCUUUCUUUCGUGAAAACAUAAAUAUACAGG